AUGCGAGUCAGAGGAGAACAUAUUUCAGUUCACCUGACAAUAGACGGUAUGGACUCUGUAAUGUUUGGAUCUAAGGAUAUCAUCUUGAUCGAUUUCUGUUACGGAUUCCUCGAGUUUAGCCUUACGAUUUCGUUGAGGCUUCCUGGGAGACUGUCGUUUGAUGUUAUGCGGUAUUGGGACGGGCAGCUGGUUAGGUUUGUUUGUUGUGAAAGGAAGCGACCGGGAGAUGAAGGUACGGAACCUUGGGGUACGAUUUUGUGUAUCAGUCGGGAGUCAAGGGGUCGAUGGAUUUGGCGUAGCUGA